AUGCCUACUUCAUUAUUUCAAAUAAGUGAGGUGGAACUAUAUUUAGAUACACCUAGUAUUGGAGUACCAACAUUUAUGGGUGUGGCAUUUAGACCCAAAAAUAUAUAAAUAGAUACACUUAUUAGAAUUGAAUUAGGAUUCUUAAGUUAUGAUUAAUUAAAUUGUUAAGUCUUUUAACUUGAAAUAGAUACACUUAUGCCUUCAUUAUCAUUUUCCCAUUAUUCCCAUGAUUCUUAAAACCUUUAUUUUUAUUCAAACAAAUACAAACCUGAUCAAAUUUAAUAUAAAUAUAGUGUCAAUUGCACUGGAAUUACAAUCUUAUAGACUACUAAUAAAAUAUUUAGAGUUAUAUAUGAAGAUAUGUAUCAUACAAUAAUCUAAUAUUUUCAAAUUCGUCAACCACCAAGGUUACCAACUGAUACCUAGACUUAAUAGGCUUCAUUAUAGAUUGUCAAAAAUAUAGAAUUGAUAUCUAAGAAAUUUAAUAAUCCUUUGGUUAGUAGUAUUAUAUCGAUAAAAAUUGUUCCUAUUUAUGGAAUUUAUAGAGUAUUAAUAGAAUUUCCAUCUUCUUACACUACAAAUAUAAUAAAAUGUGUAAUAAAUGAAACAUCCUCUGUAUUUUGUGAUUAGGAUUCUCUUAAUCCAAAAAGAUUAAUAGUUUAUUUAACAAAAUAUCAUGAUAGUGAACUAAUUAAAGAUCCAUUUAAUCUCACUGUUUAUGGGAUGAUUAAUCCAAUGGAAUUAAAUUAUAAUAGUCGAAUAUGUGUAAUUUUGGAUGAUGAUAACAUAUUAACACCUUUACUGUUUGGAAAUGAAGAUAAUUUAAAUGGGAUAACAUAAUUUGAAUAUCUUGAUGACUAUGUUAAUAAAAAUAUUUACAAACAAUUAUCGACUAGUGAUUUUAGAUUUUCUCAAUCUUAAGCUAGGGCUUAUGAUUAAUAUUUAAUUGGUAAUAUUACUUUUUCAAUGGGAAGCAUUAACGAAAUAAAUAAAUUAUAUUUGCGAAUAUCAGAUUAAUACACAAUAUAUGAUUUGAAUUGUUAACUUAUAAAAGUAGGUGAUCAACAAUUGAAUAAUUAUAUUAGUGAGUGCAACUAAAAUUAAAAUUAUAUUGAGAUGGAUCUGAUUACAGAUACAGGCAAUAUUAGAUUUAGUCAACAAUAUUAUUUAAAAAUAUCAAAUUUCAGAACAUAAGAUUUAAUAUCAAUAGAUUAAUAUGCUGUUUUGUAACCUAUGAUUUAACUCUUCUUAGCAUAAGAUGAUAAUAUAAUUUCAUUAGAAAAUUAAGUGAAUGGAUCAUUUGUGAUGAAAAAUUAAAAAAUACCAUUUUACUGGUACAAUCUAGAUGCCAAUGAUUAGUUUACUAGAUUAGAAGUGCAACCAGGAUUUGAGGAUACAAAAACAUAUAAAAUAUAUCUUAAUCAUUUUGGACUUGAAAGAUUGUAUUUAGGUUUAGGAGAUGUUUCAGAUAGAUUCAAUUGUACAAUUAACUUAUAGUUACCAACAAUCCAUGAAGAUAUUAUUGUCUUUGGUUAGAGCAGUAAGUAUGCCAAACAAUCUUUUAGUAGUUAAACUAUCACCUAACCUAAAUACAUUGUCAAAUCAAUGACCGAUGAUACAUUCUAUGAAACAAUUAAGGAUACUGAAUUGGUAAUUAAUCCUGGAGAUAGUGGAUUCAUAUUCAGUGUAGCAUCAAAAUCAUUAAUAAAUAUCAAAAUUAGAGUUCAAAUAAAAUAUACUAUUUCAUUUCCUGAUCGUAAUUCAUGGAAUCCUAUUUAUUAUUAUAAUCCAUUUACAGAAAUUCCUGUUUUAUAUUUAGAAAUUAUUAAUAAAGGUUGUGAACUAAUUCCGCAAAAGUCUACAUACGAUUUACCCAUUAAUGGUUAUACGCAUCCUAUAAUAAUCGAUUCAUCUGAAUGUAUUCCUAUUGUUGAUACCAAACUGAAUGUUACUAUUUAAGAUAACAAUAAAUUAUAAUUAGUUCCUAUUUAAAUGAGUAUAUCAAGAUAUAGAUUUGAACUUAUUAAAAGAACAACUCGAAAGGCUCCAGAAUAUAGCUAUAUUUUUUAAAUCAAAGCCACCAAUGAAACUCUUCCAGGUAUUAUUACUUAAAUAUUGGUUAAUAACAUACCAAUCUCGAUAUCUGCAAUAUUAUAGUAUACUGAAUAACCCAAAGCAACUCCCUUGAAGGGAUUAUACAGUUAAACAUCAAACACUAUUUCUUUAUCAAUGACAUGUUCUUAACCUUCUGAAAUUUUACUUGUGAUUGGAAUUGAUGAAAUUACAGAUGAAUCAUUCGAAAAAAUAAAAUCUAAUUCAAUUUCUAACGAACUCACAGGAGAUUAUGAUUUAUUUAAAUUAUAACCUGAAAAUUCAACCUUACAAUAGGAGAGCAGUUACCUUCUCAAAUAUGAGAUACUGCCU